UGAAAAGCUGCUGGUCUUGGGAUACUGUGAGCAACUCUUUCACUGCUCUUUAGAAGUCAUCUAAAUUCUUCUGCCAUAUUUCCUGCUCAGCUCUUAUUCAGACCUUCUGGUUCUAAAGAAACCUGCAGCCAGAGAAAUAAGCAAAAAGCUGUUUGAGAAAGUCAAAGAAGUUUGUCCAAACGUGCAUGAGAAGAUCAGAGCCAUUUAUGCAGAUCUCAAUCAGAGUGACUUUGCCAUCAGCAAGGAGGACAUGCAGGAGCUGCUCUCCUGCACAAACAUCAUUUUCCACUGUGCAGCCACUGUGCGUUUUGAUGACUCACUGAGACACGCUGUGCAGCUUAAUGUCACUGCCACCCAGCAGCUCUUGCUUAUGGCUAGUCAGAUGCCAAAGCUCGAAGCCUUCAUACAUAUCUCUACCGCCUUUUCUAAUUGUAACCUGAAGCACAUCGACGAAGUGAUCUAUCCGUGCCCUGUGGAGCCAAAAAAAAUCAUUGACUCCUUGGAGUGGCUAGAUGACUCUAUUAUUGAUGAGAUCACACCCAAGCUGAUCGGAGAUCGGCCUAAUACUUACACCUACACCAAGGCCUUGGGAGAGAUGGUGGUGCAGCAGGAAAGUGGGAACCUGAACAUUGCCAUCAUCCGGCCCUCCAUCGUGGGAGCGACCUGGCAGGAGCCGUUUCCGGGUUGGGUUGAUAAUCUAAACGGACCUAGUGGGCUCAUUAUUGCGGCUGGGAAAGGGUUUCUUCGGUCCAUAAAAGCUACUCCCAUGGCUGUGGCAGAUUUAAUUCCAGUUGAUACGGUCGUCAAUCUCACCCUAGCGGUAGGAUGGUACACUGCGGUGCACAGACCUAAGUCAACGUUAAUCUACCACUGUACAUCUGGUAACCUCAAUCCGUGUAACUGGGGCAAGAUGGGAUUCACAAUCUUGGCAUCAUUUGAAAAAAUCCCAUAUGAGAGGGCUUUCAGGAGGCCAAACGCUGACUUUACAAGCAACAAAUUCAUGAUCCAGUACUGGAACGCAGUCAGCCACCAUGCCCCAGCCAUCAUCUACGACUUCUAUCUGCGACUCACAGGGAGGAAGCCCAGGAUGACCAAGCUCAUGAAUCGACUUUUACGAACUGUGUCCAUGCUGGAGUACUUCGUCAACCGGAGCUGGGAGUGGAGUACGGACAAUACGGAGAUGCUGAUGUCUGAGCUGAGUCCUGAAGACCAGAGAGUAUUCAACUUUGAUGUGCGCCAGCUGAACUGGUUAGAAUACAUUGAAAAUUACGUUUUAGGAGUUAAAAAGUACUUAUUGAAAGAAGAUAUGGCUGGGAUCCCAGAAGCAAGGCAACACUUAAAAAGGCUCCGAAAUAUUCACUACCUCUUUAAUACUGCACUCUUCCUUAUCGUCUGGCGCCUUCUAAUUGCAAGAUCUCAGAUGGCUCGGAAUGUCUGGUUCUUCAUCGUGAGCUUCUGUUAUAAAUUCCUUUCCUACUUUAGGGCAUCCAGCACACUCAAGGCCUGAGAACAUUUGGCAAUCACCUUUUAUCUGGAACCUCUCAGAUACCUUAAAAACAGCAAACUGUGGUUCUCAAGACUAGGAAGUAACAAGGAAUAUGCCCAAGCUAUCACAUGGGCUGUUACACAUUCUUCCCCACUCUUUAAUUAUAUAUUCUUAUUUUGGCAAGAGGAGAGUCAUCAUAACCUACCCUAUAACUACAAAUAUUUUAGGAAGACAUUUCCAACUUGUUUCCUGAAAUCCUAUUCUAUGCUCUUGCAUAUUAAACAUGGAAAGUGCUCCCACGGUCUUAUAUUUAUGUUUUAUUUUCUCCUUGAGAUGAUUAGUUUAAACUCAGUAAAUGUGGAGGAACACAUGGCAGAAGGUGGAUUAAACUAGAGACAGUACUGACCUUGAAACCACUCUGGGGUAUGCAGUGGGAAGAUUCAAAGUCAAGAGGAGUAGAGAAACAAUCACCUCACUCUCCUUACCCAUGCUGUGGGAGAAAUACUUCCCCUGAAAAUGGAAAUUACCUUGGAGUCCUUGUUGAAAGGUGGGGAAACCAGAAAAACACGCUCUGAACACUUUUUUUUUUCUUUGUACCUAUACCCAUUUCCUAAACCUAAAAAGGCAACAAUAAGAGUAAAUAAGUAUGAAUAGAUGAGGAGCUAAGCAUAUUUGCCUUCGAGAAUCUCAUAAUUUGAAUUUGACAAAAAUUAUUUCUAAAUACUUUUAAUCCCCAGUUUUCCUCAUAGAGUUUCCUUCUUGUCCAUUGAAGUUGUCAAACUCCUUAUAUUUAAGCUAUUUUUCCCUCAGGCCUCAAUUAGAGCAGCUAACAGGUGGGGGGAGGCAUCUUAGACUACAAUUACACAAACUCCCAUUCAUCGGAUCUUUGCCAUUGAGGAAGCAAAAUUUCAAAUAAAACUUUAAAUUCUAAUUUGGGUUAUCUUGUAUAAAGUAGGGAAGAUUACUCUUCUGUGAUCAUCAGAGGAUUUACUAGUAUCUUGA